CUGAACGAUACCAGCAGUAUAUAUAUUUUUAUGUAUAUGGUACAUUCACAUAAAAUAAAAGGUGAAUAAAUUAGGUAAAAAUAAAUAAAUUUUAACAUAAUCUACCACAUAGUAUAUGUUCAAUUCAACUAAUUUACGCAAUUAUUACAAUAUUUGGUAAAACGUUAAACGGAAACCCAGUUUAAAGUAAAAUGAACGGGUCGAGACCCAGAAGAGAUCCAGGACCAGUACCUGCUAGAUGGUUGCGAUGCCCCAGAAAAUCAAAGCUAAUAGCCGACAAAUUUAUUGCUUUUAAAACACCCUUAAGCUCCGAUUUCGACGAUAAAGUACCACCAGAAUUUCGAUUCAACCCAAAAAUGAUAUUCGACACUGCUAAAAGAGACAAGGUCAAAUUUGGUCUAUGGAUCGACUUGACAAACACCACUCGUUUCUACAACCAUAAAAUUAUCAAAGAAUUCGAUUGUAAAUAUGUUAAACUUCAAUGCAAAGGCCACGGCGAAACACCAUCAACCGAUCAAGCAAGAGAGUUUAUUAGGGUUGUACAUGACUUUAUUACAAACCAUCCUUUAGAGAGAAUCGCUGUUCAUUGUACGCACGGAUUUAACAGGACUGGAUUUCUAAUUGUUUCCUACUUGGUGGAAAAAAUGGAUUAUAGCGUUGUCGUGGCAUUGCAAAUGUUCGCCGAAGCAAGACCCAUCGGUAUAUAUAAAAAAGAAUAUAUAUCAGAAUUGUACAGAAGGUACGAUGACGAAGAGGACGCUUAUCCUCCACCGCCUCUUCCUGAUUGGUGUUUCGAAGGAGAAGAUUCGUACGGAUCUGAUGAUUUAAAUGAUUACGACGAUCCGAGCGAAGAAGGAGCUUCUACUUCCAACCACACAGAAAAGAGUUCGCAUAAGAAGAAACGUAGGCAUAACGUUAAAAACCCCAAAUUUAUGGAGGGAGUCCCUGGAGUCGAUUCGUUCGAAGAACAACCGAAAUCUUCUUAUUUGCAAAAGAAAGUGAUUACCAUGUGUGGAUGGAGACACACGACUUUUCCAGGAAGCCAGCCUGUAUCUAUGGACAUGAACAAUUUAGAACUUCUAGGGCAAAAAUCCUACAGAGUUUCAUGGAAAGCUGAUGGUACUAGGUAUUUGAUGCUUAUUGAUGGUAAAGAUGAAGUGUACCUUUUCGAUCGUAAUCACAGCGUUUUCAAAGUUAAUGGCCUUCAAUUUGUACAUAGAACAAACAUUAAGAGAUACAUUAGAAAUACUUUAUUAGAUGGGGAGAUGGUAAUAGAUAAAGUAAACGGGAAAAACAUCCCUAGGUAUUUAGCGUACGAUAUAAUAGAAUACGAAGAGCAAAAAGUGGGCAAAGAAUUGGACCAUCCGGAGAGGUUGCAAUGCAUAGAAAACGAAGUAAUUAAACCUAGAUAUUUAGCUAUGGAAAAAGGAUUAAUUAGGAAAGAAACCGAGCCGUUCAGUGUGAGGAAAAAAGAUUUUUGGCCAAUUACUCAGGCGGCUAGUUUAUUAGGGGAAAAGUUCGCCAAAACUUUGUCUCACGAGCCCGACGGGCUUAUAUUUCAACCAGCUAAGGAGCCUUACACGGCUGGUCCUUGCAACGAUGUCCUGAAAUGGAAACCACUUAGCCUUAAUUCUGUUGAUUUUCGAUUGAAGAUUGUCGUGACCUCUGGAAUGGGGUUGCUUCCUGUGAAAAAAGCUUCCCUCUUUGUGAAUAAAGGCAAGCAAGAAAUAUGUUUAGCUGAAAUGAAGUAUACUAAACAAUUAAAAGACUAUAAUGGGAAAAUAGUAGAAUGCAAAUACGAGAAUAAUCAGUGGGUAUUUAUGAGGGAAAGGACGGAUAAAAACUUUCCAAAUAGCUACGAUACUGCAAUAGCUGUAGGUGAUAGUAUAAAAAAUCCUGUUACAAAGGAAAUCCUAUUAUUCUACAUAAAUGAGCACAGGUUUAACGAUGACUCUGACAUUAUGCCGCCUCCAUCGAAGAAGAUCAAGAGAUAGACAUUGUAAGAAUAUUUAAACUCUUUAUUUAUUUUCCAAUAAACUUUUUAUAAAGUAAUACAUAAAAAACGGUAUAAUUAGGUUUCAAGCCAGGAAGGAUCAUUUUAGUGUAAAUGUGAAUCUCUCUCAUGGCUCGGUUGAAUUAUUUGAUUUAAUAAAAAAUACAAACUUACAAUACUUUUAAUUAGAAAUCUAAACUAAAUUAAGUUAACCAUUUAUUGUGCAUCAGAAAAUUUUUCGUAUUUUCUAAAUUAUUUCCAGUCUUCUGCGGUUAUUGAAAAUAUUUCUGAUUACAGAGGACAAAUGUAAUUCUAAAAACACAGUUGAGCUUUAUGGAUUCUGAAUUCCGAGGCAUUAUAAAAUCUACAAUUUGCAAUUAAAUUAUUUUCACAACCAAUAUUUUCACUGUCUUGUUGAUUGCAGCGCAUAAAGUUUGCUUAUCUCAGAAACUAUACAUCUGAAAAAUUAAAGAAAAUCAAAAACGAUUAAACUGUUAAAAGUACGCCAAUAUGUCGGUUAGAUUUUUUUGACAAAAAUAAACAAGCUACACCCGUCACCAACACGGAAUACUUUUUAAAUAAUCAGUUCACUGUAUACAAUUUAAAAAGUAAGGCAUCAAAUUCCAAAAAAUAAAAAACCUCUAUAUUCUACCUAAAUACUACACAUUCUCCUCGCUCCAUUAAAUUAAAUCAAAUUACACUCUAUGACUAGAUCACAAAAACCUCCCCAAGCCACCUACACCUCGAAAAGCCCCUUCUAAAACAAAGUUCUUUGCGUCGCAUUUUUACAUUCCCAAGGAAAAAUGCAAUACUCAACGGCUUUUGAUCUCGUCCUUCUCCUUGAACAUCCAUUUAUCGUUCAUUUUCUUCACCUUCUGCUCCCUGAAGAGCUUCACCAAAUGGUGCCCGACGUUGUUCUGCGCGGCCUUCGCGAGGUUCUCCGGCAGAUCCUCGUAGAUAUUCUUCACUAAAUCCGCUUCGUCGAAGCUCUCGUCGCGAUGCGAAUUCAAAAACUCGAUGAUUUGCUGUUCGCGUUCCUUGCGGUGGCUGAUGUAGAAGUCGAUUUUCUCAAUAGGAUCCUGCGAAGAACACACACAAUAAGUUUACUUUGCAUCCCCUUACGGGGGCUUGCUUACCUGGACGACAUUUCCGUGUCCUGGGAGGAUAACGGCCGGUUUUAAAUCGGCUAUAUCGCUCAAGGAGCGCAUGUAAUCGUACAAGUCCUCGAAGACGGCGGUACCUUCGCCCAAAAUGCAAUCACCGCUGAAUAGAACGUUGUCUUCCAGCAGGUGCAGUACUACGUGAUCAUCGGAGUGUCCCGGGGUGUGGUGCACCCGCAACGUGGCUCCUUCCACAGCGAAUUCCUGCCCGUCCUUCAGCAUCUCGAUCUUCUCGUUCUUGUUAAUGUCGUCCUUGGAGCUCGGGUACUUCCAGACUUGACAGUGC